AUGGGGUCCGAUCCACAGUACAUCAAGUUCCCCGACCUCUCCAUCGCCCAACAUGUCUUCAACCUUUCCAACCCAGCAUGUGCCCCAGCUGUCCAGCAGUCCUCAUUGAAGAAGCUCCAAGAUGUCAUCUCAGAGCAUAAGAUGGCCCCCUUUUACCGGCAUUUAGCCCACCCCACAGAGGGUAUCCUGAACAGCUCCGGUGAAGGUGUAACACAGCUCCCCCAAAACGCAGGGAACUCAACGAAGCCUCUCAUCACGUCCAAUCUGCUGGCAUCCCGCAAAACACCGCUCAAUAUUGAUUUUCCUUGGGACGAGAAACUCUACCAGUCUUUAUUGGAAGAUAACAAGAAGGAAUUAGAGACCUUCCAGAAGGAGGAAGAUGACGCGGAAGAGGCUGCUGGUGAGACUGAAGUACAAGCUGCGCGCGGAAAGCGAGCCGAAUUCUGGGCUCGUGUGGGCGAUAAGGACAAAGCUAUCGAAUCGCACGAAGCCCUCCUCGAAAAGACCGGUUUCCUGGGCACCAAGAUCGACCUGGUGAUGGCUAUGCUCCGCAUCGGAUUGUUUUUCGGUGACCUUCUCUUUGUUAACAAGACCAUCGAGCGGGCAGAAACAUUGGUAGAGAGCGGCGGAGACUGGGACCGUCGAAACCGUCUCAAGGCAUACAAGGGAUUGCACUUGCUCACUAUUCGCUCUUAUAGCCUUGCCGCCCCUCUGCUUCUCGACAGUCUGUCUACCUUCACAAGCUACGAACUCUGCAGCUACUCCUCGUUGGUGAUUUACGCUGUGCUUGCGGGAUCUUUGUCCCUCAAGCGAGUAGACUUCAAGGCCAAGGUUGUGGAUGCACCGGAAAUCAAGGCCAUUCUUGGCUCUGGAGAAGAGCAACUGGCUGCGCUCAGUGGGGAGAUUUCUUCUGGUCCCGGUGAUCGGGACGAAGAGAUGAAGGAGGCAACAACAGCACUUCCCAUACCCGCUGGUGCCAAGACCGCCGUUAACAUUUCCUCAUUCUCUACCGGCUCCGGCGCGGUAGUAGAGACCGAGGUCCCAGUUGAUUUCGGGCCGCUCGCGAAACUGGUCACCAGUCUCUACAACGGUAACUAUCGUCCAUUCUUUUCCGCGCUUGCGGCCGUCGAGGAGCAAUUCCUGAUGCAAGACCGGUACUUGCAUGAGCACCGGGCAUGGUUUGUUCGUGAGAUGCGACUCCGCGCCUACCAGCAGCUUCUGCAGAGUUAUCGUGUGGUGGGACUGAGUGGCAUGGCCAACGACUUCGGUGUGACGGUAGACUUCUUGGACCGUGACCUUGCCAGGUUCAUUUCAAACAACCGCAUUUCAUGCACUAUCGAUCGCGUCAAUGGUAUCAUUGAGACGAAUCGGCCAGACGACAAGAACAAGCAGUAUGCCGACGUUGUGAAGCAUGGCGAUUCUCUCAUCACCAAGAUCCAGAAGUAUGGCCAAGCCGUGCGUCUCCGUGGUAGUGAGCGAAGCUAA